AUGGCCCACCGGCCAGAUGCAACGAAACUCAAAGAGACUCAGCAUGUACAGAUUGAAGUUGAGGGUGAGAGUUUGUCCUUUGAGAUCGUGGAUGCAGUAGAGUGUGAUAUACCACUGCAAUGGACGCAGCCUAGGCCUGAAAUUCCAGAACGUCACCAUGGACCUUUUAACAUGGGACCCUACAGUCCGCAAAUGAAUCCAGCAAAUGUUGGGGCAAUGUCAGGAUAUCAACCACCUGAGCAGGAAGUUGUCGAUCAAUCAGGUCACCCACCAGUGAGCCAAGCAGGAUUCCCUCACCAAGGUCCACCUCCAGCCCCUGGAUUUACGCAGUCCCCAUUUGGUCAUCCAGGUCAGGCUAUGGGUUUUGGUUUUCCCCAUCCAGGUCAAAGACCUCCUGGGCCCGGUCAAGCACCUCCAAUGCCACAGGUAAUCUUUGACCAACAGACAAGAAUGCCAAUGGUUUGGCAUCCAUACUAUGGACGCUAUGUUCCAGCACCCCCUAACAUGUUUCAACAAGCCCCACAAGGCCAGGGUACUGCCCUAGAGCAGCCUGGACCCCACCACAGUGACCCUCAACAAGCCGGAAGGGAACCACAGAUGCCUCAUGAUAUACAAGAUGGGCCACAGGGACCAACCCCGCCUUACAGUAGUGAGUUUGACCUGGCCACAGACACGCACCGUACAGAAGCAAAUGAAAACAUCAAAGCAGGUGAAGAAGACAUAACAGCUAGAAAACAGUUUGAAGCAUCUCAACCACCUUAUGGAUCAGAAAAAAGAUGUACAGCUAUUCGUUUAAGAGACGUGCCUAGAAGUGUCCAUAAAGAAUAUAUUCAAAUGUUCUUCGAGAAUAAAUGUUUUUCUGAUGUGAAAGUCUCCAAAGUUGAAAUUGAUAGGCAGGAGAAAACAGCUGUUGUAGAAUUUGAUUGCGAAGAAACUGCACGUAUUGUGUUGGAAAAGAAAUAUAUUUUCCUAAAGAAGACAAAUAUUGCAAUCGAGCCUUACAUACCGAGACCACCAACACCAGAAGUAACCAAAGAAGAUGCUGUAGAAGAUGAUAUAUUACCAAAGGUUGUUCUUAAAGAUUUACCUGACGAUGUUGAUCAGGAUGAAAUUGAGAUGGUAUUUCAGAGCAAGAAACGUGUUGGAGAUAUAGAAGUGGUUGAGAUCGUGUAUAAUGAGGAAGACUCUUUAGCCAUUGUGACGCUUGGAAAUCAGGAGUCACUAGAUACUCUUCUCGAAAAAAGCCCAUUAAAGAUUUGUGGUGAAAGAAUUCAUGUUGCAGAAUAUGAGAUACCAAGUGAUAUGGAUACGGUUAAAGAGCUGUCAAAGAUUCUUGUCACAGGGAUGCCUAAAGAUUUCGAUUGUGAUGACGUCGAAAUGUUCUUUGAAAAUAGGCGCAGAUUUGGUGAUACCAAACCGUUGCAGAUAGAUUAUAAUGAAGAAGAACAUUCCGUAGUACUUACAUAUGAAAAUGAAUCGGCUGUUGACCACGUGCUCAGUAAAUGUCCACUUAAGAUGAGGGGUGUAGAAGUUCAGCUUGAAAAACUCGAAGAGAAUAUAUAUGCACAGAAAGAUAUUUUGGACGAUGAGAUGAGUGAACAUGGGAUAGAGUUUAAUGGUACGCAGACAAAAAUACUUGUGGAAGACAUUCCUGAAAGCAUUGACGUUGAGGCAUUGGAAAUGUACUUUGAAGUGGGGAAAUUAAAGUGCUGUGAGGUGAUUGAUUGUGAUAUUGAUGAGGAAGAUAGAAAUGCUGUGAUCGAAUUCGCUGAACCAAGCCACGUCCAAUUGGUCUUAAAACACUGCCCGCAUCAUUUAAAAAGACAAAAGGUUUCUGUUCAGAUUUAUGUUCCAAAACGCCUAGACACAAUUAUUGUAAAGGGUCCACCAGACAUUGUGAAUGAGAACUGUUUAGACUCAUUGGAAAUGUACUUUGAUAACAAGAGGAGAUGUGGAGGCGGAGGUGUUGUUGAAGACAGUGCUACGUUCAGUGCAGAGGAAAAUGCUGUGUAUAUAACAUUCGAGGAGGAGGAAGUUGCACAAAGGGUUGUUAAUAGAGGAAAUCAUAAAAUACAAAGAAAAGAAAUUGAAGUCACCUUAUUCAAACCGAAACGCUCAACAAAAAGAUCGGUAUUUCGAAGGCAAACGAGCAAUUUGGAUUCCAGAAGCAGUUCCGUAAAGCACAGAGAAGUUAAACAAGAACCGGUUAAGACAAUUCGUGUCCGAGGUAUGAACAAGAUCAGCAGCCGGGAAUCGGUGAACUGGUAUUUUGAAAACAAGAAGAAGGCCGGAGGAGGGGAUAUCGAGAACAGAUACACGGAUGAGGAGGACGAUGAUAUAAUCUACAUCCGGUUUAAGGAGGAAGAAGUUGCAAACGCUGUAGCAGAGCGUGAACACCACACAGUCGAUGGAGUUGACCUUUCAGUAUCCUUGUACACCCCACCCGUCCCUCCGCCUAGCUACACAAACAAGAUACUGUUUAAAGGGCUAAACGACAAAAUAACAGAAAGUGUACUGGGACUUUUUCUCGAAGCUCGAGCUAACUGCAAUCUUGUGAAAGGAAGUCUUACCUACCAUGCAGACUGUGAUGAUACUGCAAUAGUAACAACAGAGCAGGACAUUGACCUUGUAUUAUUGGAACUGGUGUGCAAGUGCAAGCCUUUGGAAGGCUCUUACCUCAAAGUUGCCUGUGUUCCAAUAUCAAACUGCAUCCUCGUGUCUAACAUUUCCGACAGUGCUACAAAAGACAUGAUAGAGCUGUACUUUGAAAAUAAGAAGAGAAGCAACGGUGGACCUGUUAGCAAAAUCGAGAUGUUCAAAACCCAAGGCUAUUGUUUGGUUUACUUCAAUGAUUACAAAACUGUGGAUUCUGUUUUGUGUAAGGAGCAAAAGUUGGGUGGAAAUACUGUUGAAGUUAAAAGAUACAUUCAAUGUAUUGCAAGAGCAGAAGGGGACUCGGUUAACAGAUGGUUUCGAUUACCUGAGCCCAUUUCAAUAUCUGUGAGCCAAUUGAAAAAAAGAUUCACCCAAAGUUCACAGAUGGCUAAAAUAGCUCUCGAAGCGCAGAUGAACAUGUGUCAUGCAACGAUUACCUGGUCUGAGGAAUCCCCAUCGGUAGAGCUAUCAUGCUCAUUAACGACUGACGUCAAAGAUUGCAUUGUAUUGGCAUCCAACUGGAAGUAUUGUGCAGAACUAAUUUUCAACAAUUUUAUGGACAAGAUAUCUGAAAAAAAUAUGCCUAUUAUGGAGAAGUUGUGGGAGAAAAUCACGCCAAAACUAUUAGAUGUUUCAUUAGAUCAGCCGGAUGCUGCUGCAGUCUAUAUGUCCAAGAAAGAGGGGAAAAUAUUAGUUGUUGGCAUGAAACACGUUGUUGAUCCACUUAUACGUGAUUUUGAAGGCAUUAUUAAAACCACUUCAGAUGAAAAGGAAGAGACAUCGGACGAUGAGAUGAUUAAAAACUUUGUAGAGUUUGAUGGUACUCAAACAAAGAUACUUGUGGAAGACAUUCCUGAAGGCAUUGACGAGGAGAUAUUAGAAAUGUACUUUGAAGCGAAGAAGCUGAAGUCAUGUGAAGUUAUUGGUGUUGAUUUUGAUGAGGAAGACAGAAAUGCUGUGAUCGAAUUUGCUGAGCCAGGCCAUGUCGAAUUGGUCUUAAAAUACUGCCCACAUUAUCUAAAGAAACAAAAAAUUUCUGUGAUUCGGUAUGUACCAAAACGCCUAGACACAAUCAUUGUAAAGGGUCCACCAGACGUUGUGAAUGAGGACUGCUUAGAGUCAUUGGAAAUGUACUUUGAAAUCAACAGGAAAUCGGGAGGUGGAGGUGUCGUUGAAGACAGUGUUACGUUUAAUAUAGAGGAAAAUUCUGUAUAUAUAACAUUCGAGGAUGAGGAAGUUGCACAAAGAGUUGUUCAAAGGGGAAAUCAUAAAAUACACAGAAAAGAAAUUGACGUCACCUUAUUUAAACCAAACCGCUCCACACGGCAAACUAGCAAAACAGUCAACGUUUCAGUUAAGGAGGAAGAAGUAGGAUCAGACGUCUGGAACUCGCAGACAAGUAAUGCGUUUUGUAUGCCCGAAUCGGAAGUAUCGGACAAUGUAGCGGGUCGUCGUAACAAGCAAAGAUAUAAUUGAAUCAGCAGUGUACACUCAGCUAGAGACGAUCGUUGCCAAGCAUUUUGCUAAUAUUUCAAAAAAAGAAGAAACUGCACCACUGAUACUUGCCUCAUGCACGUUACGGAUUAUGCGAGUUAAACCCAACGUUUUAAGGGUUUCUAUACAGAUGAUUAUGCCAGGACUUCAGAAAACAUUCGAUACAGUUUAUCAUGUGAUUUGUGUAAUAACUUUACAGCUAUGAGCGUUAUUAGUAAAAAUGUGUUACAUAUGUAUGCGAUCGGCUGUAAUAUGUUAUUGUCAAUAUUGCUAUGUUUGAUUCUAAAAAAUCGAUUUAAAAAAAAAUAUCAUCUGGUGUUAUCAAGUGCUGUAUGUGUUGCCUUUUUGUGUUAAAUCAAUGACAUGGAAAUUAGUAUCAAAGUUAAAUGCAGAUAUCCUAGAAAAAGUAAGAAAUCGUCAGAAAUUGCCAGGUCAAGGACUGGUCUUCUUAAUGCUAUUGCCAUCACAAUAUCGUAUGCAACGUCUUUGUUAUUUUGUUAUCUAUAUUAACCUAAGUCCAUCGUAUUUUAUGAUAAUUUUACUUAAAGAUGCACUAUUACUCCCUUAUCAAGUUUCCCUUAAUUAGUACACUUGUUUAAAUAUACCAAAAAGGAUAAAUAAAUGUCAAAAACAAUAGUUCUGAUGAAGGAUACUGAGUUCAAUGUGAAAAAAUAGAAACAUGUUUGUUCUCCCUUUUAAGACGAUAGUAGAUCACUAAAUAUUUAGCACUUACCAAUUAUUUAAUAUUUCGGCGUUUAAAGCUAUACAAUACUCGGUUUCAAUCCUGUUCUAAGUAAUUAAUCACUCAAUAUUAUGUGUGAUACCUAUAAGCGUGUUAUUAGUAAAAUGUUUAUUUCAUAUGUAUGCUAACUGCUGUAAUCUGUAAUAGUCAAUAUUGGUAUGUUUAAUUCUAAGAAAUCGAUUUAAAAAAAAUAUCAUCUGGUGUUGUAUGUGUUGCACAGUUUCAAUCCUGUUAUUAGUAAUAAUCACUCAAUAUGUAUGUUUUUAUAUACAUGUAUGUGCAUCUUUGUACUCUUUAGUGUACUUCUCCGUUUGCAGUUAGAGUUGUGACCCCUAAUCAUUGAAGUGCUUUGGGUUUACAUAUUAGUUUAUUAUUAUUUGUUUCCUCAAGUUAAUGUAUACUUUGAUAAGUUUAACUUCAACGUUUUUACUUUAUUCAGGAUUGUUGGGUUAAGAGUGAGGUUUGUGCACGUUAACUGGUUAAACGCCAAGUAAAUGUACAUUUACUGAGCGUUCCAAUGGGCUACCUAACAAUCCUUAAUAACCUUACCUAUUUUCUUAUAUAGUAUAUAUGCACUGUGUUUUGUUUGUCGAGUUUUGUGCUGUUGUUCCAUGUUUCUUGUUUAUGAUUGUGUUUUACGUCUUUAGCUUUUACCCUGUCCCACUAAAAGGGCUUUACGUUUAAACUUUUGGCUACUGAGCUUGGUUCUGUAGUUUUUCACAUAAACAUUGAUUUUGAAUAAGAGUGCCACUUUAGUUUUACCAAUUCUUUUGUAUGCUAAUCUAGACUGGAACAGACUGACGUAUGUAUAAUAAAUUCACUCAUUUACGUAUUUAAAAGCGGAAAUAUUACCUCAAACUUUACUCGUACAAGGGCAUUAAAGAAUGAUGCCCAUAUCAUUAUCUAAAUGGAACCAAUAGUUUGACAUUUGACACUUCAUAGGUUAAUGGAUCCCAUUUGAAAUAGGUUGCAAAACAUAGUUGGCUAUCCGAUGAUGUAUGUGUGGAUUUGUUUUCCAUAUUAACUCUAUUUUGCUUUUCUGCUGUGUAUAUUAUAACAUUAUGUAUAUUUGUGAGCUAUUUUAAAUUAAGGAAACACAUCCUGAAAACCCCAACAUGAAUCUCAUCAAUUUUUAUACUUUAGUCAAUGUUGUAACGAACAGGAAUACAAAUACGUCGAGGUUUCAAUGAACAUGUUCGAAUCCAUCGAAGUACAAAUAUUAUUUUUUUUAUCUUUACUUACUUGUCUUUUAUUAAAAAGUUAUAAAUACAUGUAUACAUAUAUCUAUAAGUUUCUUUGAAUAUUUUAUUACCUGUAGGCCCGGUUGAAACAGUCGAUUGUAAAUACUUAUUUUAGACAGUGAUGGUUUAACGUUGUGAUAUUUUUUAAGCUUAUUUUUCAUUUUUUAUACUUAAUGUUCCAAAUUUUACGCGUUCAAAACAUUUUGUUUCAAAUGUUUUACCAUAUGGCUCUUCAGUACAAGUUGAUAAUACUAUUUGUCUCGCAUGUGAUGUCUUAUCUUUCAAUAGUUUUGAAAAAGGGUGGGAUUAUUCAAGUUUGAAUAAUAUUGUUCAUUGACGGUAAAUCUUUUUUUGUUUGUUUAAAAAACAAUGCAAGAAAUGAUACACAUUAGAGAAUAAUUACGCUGUGGCUGUAUUCUAUAAACACCCUAUAUUUCGCUUUAUUUUAAAGCUGCACUCUCACAGGUUAAACGUUUUGACAUUUUUUUUAUUUAUUUUUUAGCCUCUGAACGAGCGAAAUUAUGCGAAAAUGCAUGUAAACCAUUCAUUUAAGACUGCUGUUAAAAAUUGUCAUAUAGUUUCCUUUUUAAGUUCAAAAAUUGAUGUCUUAGGCAUUUUUCUUAAACCGUUAGUAACGCUUUAAACCAUAAAACAUUAGUUUUCGAACUGAAAUAUGAAAAUCUGCGAUCUAAUAUUUUACUAGCAGUCUUUUAUCAAAUGGCUCAUUCCAAGACAAAAAAAGUUGUAAAAACGAUAGUGAGAGUGCAGUUUUAACAUAACAGUCCAAGCGUUUUGAUUGGAAAUUAAAAAUAAGUUGCCAAUGGAGAAAAUGGAAUUGUUGUGGCGUGUCAAAAUAUUGAAAACAGCCCCUGGUCAAAAUGGCGGUUCCGUGGCCAAGUGGUAACACACUUAACUGUAAAAAUUGUCUUCCGGGAGGGACGUUAAAUGGGGGUCCAACGUGACAGUUCUGAUACAGAAGCGUAGUCUUACCAGGGUAACAUUCUGUCUGUGCACUAUGCUCUAAAGAUGUAAAAUGACUAAAAAUCUUAUCGGAGUACACGCCGAAUUGGCAAGGCCCGAGUGCGAGUAUAUAUGAGCUUACACAGCUACACCCUGAUCAAAGUUUGAAAUGAUUCCAAUUACGGUUGUUCUUCCUUAGCAAUCAACAAUAUUCAUGAUUUUGUGUUUUAAUAUAAAUGUAUUACUUCUUUACUGAAUAUGUAUAUAAUAUAUGCUAUAUAUUCCAGGAAUAAAAUGUAAUACGUCA